AUGAGCAAAGCUGCCUCUGCCUUCAAAGUCAAACGCAUUCCUGUGUUCGAGCGCGGCGAUGAGGAGUACGAGCGCUCGGUUGCAACACCGAACCUGCUCUAUCGCUUUGCGCGGCCGGAGUUUGUUCUGCAGCCCGAGACACCGGAGCACGUCCAGGCUAUCGUCCGACAAGCCCGCACCCAGAACAUCGCGCUCACAAUCAAAUGCGGUGGCCACUCCUACGCCGGACACUCGACGGCCUUCGAGGGCGUGUCGCUCGACCUGUGCCGGAUGAACUGGACGAAGCUCGACAUCGCAACCAAAACUAUCAUCUUUGGUGCCGGCUGCCAAUGGGGCCACGUCUACAAGACACUCAUCAACGGACGGCACGAUGGCUUCGUGAUUAAUGGUGGUCGCUGUCCCUUCGUGGGUGUGGGCGGGUUCCUCUUGGGUGGCGGGCUCGGGCCGUUCUCGCGCAGCAUCGGCAUGGGCAGCGACACUAUCCAAGAGAUCAAGGUCGUAACGGCAGAAGGCAAACUGGUCACGGUCACGAACACCGACAGUCGCAGUUCGAACGAGGGCCGCCUGUUCUGGGCGCUGUGCGGCGCCGGGGGCGGCAACUAUGGUGUUGUAGUAGAGAUGAAGCUCGCGGUCAAGCAGCUGCAAGCCCCGGGCGGCGUUGUCGUGGCUGGGCGUUACCAAUGGUUUGCCGGUACGGCCGAUCCAGACCUAUUGGACCAGCGGGACUUCAUGUCCACGAUGAACACGUUCUACACAACCGACUGGCCCGAGCGCAUGACGAUUGACAGCACUUGGAUUUGCGACCUUCGGCUGAACUCGGGCAACGGCGUGCGGUUCCUCGCGUACUUCGACGGUACUAAGGACGACUUCGACGACACCAUCGACCAGUAUAUCAAGCACCCGGAGCUAGCCAAGCAGCUCAAGCGGCGCUCGCUGCCCGAGAAGUCGACGCGGUUCCUCCACGAGACGCUCGUCGCGCAAUGGUCCGAAGAAACGGAAAAGGCGUUCCCGACCAACAAGAGCUACAGCAUCUACAGUUCCUUCGUAUUCGGGAACGACCGCCGCACCAUUGAACAGGUCACAGCGCUGAUACAUGAUCAGAUGACCACAUUCCGCAAGUCGUUCCCUGGCGAGCGCGUCGAGUUCUUGGCCACCUUCAUUCAUUCUGGUGGCAAGAUGAGCACCCCGAAGCCUGGCGACUCAGCCUUCUUUUGGCGUCAGGCGGUGUACCACAUGUAUCUCACCCUUGAGUGGGAGGAUAAAUGGAUGGAGCGUGAUAUGCGAGCGUUUUUGGGCGAGGCCAAGAGGAAGCUACGACCGCUGUCACUCAAUGGCGAGGCGGCGUUCAUCAACUUCCCCGACGGUGCGCUUCCGUCUGACGUCUGCGAAAAGGCGUACUGGGGCAGCAACCGCGAGGAGCUGCGCCGCGUCAAGCAGCUCUGGGAUGGGGAGAACUUCUUCAAGUCGGAGCAGGGUGUUGGCCUUCCCAGCGAAAUUGGCCGGGGCACAGGCCGCGCGGAGAAGUCGGGCGACCAGGGUAAUGAUGAGAGUUUGACGGAUUCUUAUGCCAGCAAACAGUGGGAGGUUUACGAAUGGGAGGUUUACGAAACGAAGGACAUCGAGGCAGACCUUCAGGAGCUUGCGGAUCUGGGGCUAUGA